AUGCCGUCUCGAAAAUCGACGACUACGAAAUCAAGCCAUGGGCGGAAAGGAAAACAUACUCCCCAUGAAUCACUGCCCACAGGGUGGCACUUUCAAGCUCCCCGUUGGCUUCGCGCUCUGUGCCGGUACAGCAGCUUGGUGAUAUGCAGCUUGGCACUCAGCACUGGGCUAUUCUCGCUAAGCUCACAGAUUACACAGGGAGAUUUGGCCUGGACGAGCAGGCAAUACGAUUCCUGGUGGGGGAUCGGGGGACUGCUAGCAUGGAGAACUGCUGAGUUAACAGUUGUCUGGCUAUCAGGAUAUGACGCCCGCGACGCUGCAUCUUUCACUUACCUAACUCACCUGCCAACCUACGUCCUCCUUUACAGCUUCUACGGCAUCCGUCCAACCACCCUAAUGACAGUUGCCUUCAUUACCCUCCUGUCGACCGCCAUCCCAUUCUUCGUCUUCCGCGGCCCCAGCCGCAUACAUCAAAUGCACCCAUUCAUGGUUUUCCAGUGUUGCGAUGGCCACACCACCCUUACCGCCAUCAGCAGUACCAAAACUACCAAGGAUGACAUUAAACUCCGCCACCCCACAAUCCUCGCAGACUGCCCAACAACCGUCUACACCACCCUUGUCGCCUCUGGCAUCUACACUCUAAUUCUCUACUCCAGCGUUGUAACCUGGCUCCCAACCUACCUCGUAACCUACUAUGACGGGCUCCCCGAUAUACGCAUCGCACACGCAGGGGCCAAAAGCUUCAUCUCUCUCCUCGCCACCCUGCUACCCGCCGGCUACGCCCUGCGCGACUUUCUCUUCGUCAGCUCUGUCGGCGCAGAGCGGCUUGACGAGCAGCGUACAGAGGACUCUACAGUCGACCUUAUAGGUCCGGGGAAGGAGGCGCGCGAGCAGGGUGAUGAGGCACCCUCCGGUGAGUUGCUCGUCAUGUCGGUAUAUCGCAAGUACUGGCUGGAGUUACCAGCGAAAACGCGCUCCCUGCUUUCGCGCACGAUAGAAUUGGCAGUGAUGAUUAUGUUUAAUACCGUGGUGCAAGUUGUGGGGACAAUUAACGGGGCAGAGGUGGAAGGGGCAGUGGGAUGGGGUUCGAUUUGGACUCUUGCGACGUGUGUGACUGGGGUGAUGUUCGGGUGGGUGGAGGCUGCAGAUGGGUUAUGAAAUUGAAGUCGAAAUUGGUCCUUACCCUUUUUUUUUUUUUAAUUUCUUAUGCUAAUUGUUUCUUACCUUGCUGCUCUCCAUUGCCCACUUUGCUUAUUAUGUUUCCCUCCUUUUCUCCUCAUCAUGCCCGGUCUAUUCAUAUUACUUUGCGGGGGUGCUGGCAAGUCAUUGCGCCUCCUUCAUUUGAUCUAGUGUUGGUUUUGAGCACUCAUUAUUUCUUCCCCGUUUUAAUAUGUUCCUUCUCCAUGGGUUUAGUUUCCGCUUUCUUUCCUUUUAGUUUGUGAUCGGAGUUUUCUCUCUAUUUGUCUCCGCAGGUGGGGGAAAGCAAAAAAAUAAGGUAAAGGGAGGGAUGGGUAGAUGAGGCGCUAGCUAUUCAAGUUUAUGCUCGUUCUAGUUUAAACAAAACAAAAAAGGGAAAAAAGAAAAUCAAAAACAUGAAAAAAAACAG